AUGCCACCGAAGAAGAAGGAAGCCGAGGCGUCGAGGAUCUUGUUGGGUCGACCAAAGGGGACUUUGAAGAUGGGUUUGGUUGGAUUGCCUAACGUGGGGAAGUCUACUACUUUUAAUUUGUUAUGCAAGCAGGCGGUGCCGGCAGAGAACUUUCCAUUUUGUACGAUUGAUCCGCAUGAGGCUCGUAUGAGUGUGCCUGAUGAGCGGUUCAGUUGGUUAGCAGAGUACUACAAGCCUAAAAGCGAGCAGUCCGCUACUUUGGCGAUUUUCGACAUAGCUGGACUUGUUCCUGGCGCUGCUGAAGGAGAGGGUUUAGGUAAUGCCUUUCUUUCGCAUAUCCAAGCAGUGGAUGGUAUUUACCAUGUGGUACGUGCGUUUGAGGAUGAGGAUGUGAUUCAUACACAGGGUGACGUGGAUCCAGAUAUGGAGCGUGCUCGCAAACGUUAUGAAGAUUUGGUUAAAUUGACGGCUCGAGGUCAGGAUAAAGGGAAGAAGGCUGAAUGUGAGAUGAUGAAGGAAAUUUUGGACCAUUUAGAAUCCGGUAAAUGGAUAUCUUCAGGUCGCAGUUGGAGUAACAAGGAGGUGGAAUAUUUAAAUGAUAUCCAGUUCCUGACCGCUAAGCCAAUUGUUUAUCUUGUUAAUCUAUCUGAGCACGACUUUAUUCGACAGAAAAACAAAUACUUACUAAAAAUACACAACUGGGUCAAGGAUAACCUACCCGGACCUAUCGUACCCUACUCAGCCAAUUUUGAGGCGAAACUUGCCGAACUUGAAACACCAGAGGAACGAAACAAGUACAUCACACAUAGCGGAGCUAAAGGCUCCCAACUUGACAAAAUUAUUAACACCGGAUAUGAAACACUCAACCUAAUCCACUACUUCACCUGCGGUAAAGAUGAAGUCAAGUGCUGGACCAUCCGCGCCGGCACUAAGGCUCCCCAAGCAGCAGGAAUCAUUCACUCCGACAUGGAGAACGGCUUUAUUUGCGCCGAAGUUACCAAAUUCGAGGACCUCAAGGAACUCGGCUCCGAAUCUGCCUGCAAAGUUGCCGGUAAAGUUGCCACCAAGGGUAAAGAUUAUCUUGUCGAAAACGGAGACGUACUCUUCUUCAAAUUCAACCCAUCCGGCGGCGGCGGCGGCAAGAAGUAA